AAGUUGUGAGCAUUUGAAGGUUUUAUUAAAAUUUAUACCUUAAAAACAAUCACUGUUUGGAAUUUUAAACCUUGUAAAAGAAGAGACUGAAGCAUACCAUAGACAAGUUGAUAGUCCAUACUGACAAUGUAAAUAAAACUCUUACUGCAUUCAUGCAGUUUUGUACUCAGUUGCAGAUCUUGUGGUGAAUGUAGAAAGCCAGUUGCAGAAGACAAUGGUGCAGCACACCAGAUUGCUUCUUCAGCUCCUGAACCUGAAAAAUGGUGGCAGAAGUGUUUGUUUGUCCAAACAGACUGCUCAGUGCCUUGAGUUUCCCUGCCACUGGGCCAGCUCUGUGCCAGGUGCUGCCCAAGCACCAGCUCAGGCUGGGACUGAAGUGCAGCUCUGUAGAGAAGGACCUAAGGAGCUGGGGGUGCUGCUGGACAAGCUGUCCAUGAGCCAGCAGUGCCCCUGUGGCCAAGAGGGUCAACAGGAUUCUGCAGUGCAUUAGGAAUAGCAUUGCCAGCAGGUCGAGGCAGGUGAUCCUGCCCCUCUACUCAGUGCUGGCAGGGUCACAUCUGGAGUGCUGUGUCCAGUUCUGGGGUGCCCCGUGCAGGAGACAUGAAGCUCCUUAAAGGGAGAGCAACAAGGAUGAUGAGGAGACUGAAGCAUCUCUCUUACCAGGAAAGGCUGAGGAAGUUGCACCUGUUCAGCCUUGAGAAGAGAUGACUGAGAGAGGACCUUAUCAAUAUUUGUAAGUACCUAAAUGGAAAUUUUAAAAGUUUAAAAAGUUUUUUAAAAAGUUUAAAAAAAAAAGAGGAUGGAGCCAGGCUCUCCUCAGUGGUGCCAAGCAAUAGGACAAGAGGCAGUGGGCAGAAACUGAUGCAAAGUAAGUUCCACCUGAAUAUGAAGAAUACUUUUCUUUCUGUGCGAGUGACGACGCGUUGAACAGAUAGUGGAGCCUCCUUCACUACAGAUAUUCAAUUGUCUGGACGCGAUCCUGCGCGAUGUGCUCUAGCAUGAUCCUCCCUGAGCAGCUGAGCAGGCAGGUUGGAACACAUGGCCCUCUGCGGUCCCUUCCAACCUGACCCAUUCUGUCACACUGUGAGUCACGGCGCCCAGCCCUCCUGCGAGGGCCGGCCGCGCCCCUCCGGCACCGCACCGACGGCGCUCCACGAUUUCGGGAAAACUCCCGCCGCUCCUGGCCGGGGCGGUCCCGCCACUCCCGGCCGACCGGCCGGAAGCUCCCGCCUCCCCGGGCGAAGGCCGUGGGGCCGCCGCAGGUGAGGCCGCCGGGACUCUGCAGGUGUUGGGCGACUGCUGCCGGGCCAGUGGGCGCUCUCGUCCCGGCUCGUCCUUCUCCGGCGCCGGCUGCCCUUGGGACCCCGCGGCAGUUCCCUCCCGUCGGUGAGCCGAGGGGCGCCGGGGAACGCCCGGGGCCGGGCUGAGCGCCGGCCAUGUCGCGGAGCUCGCAGGGCGGGCGACACGGCAGGUCCCCGCUGCCCCGGGGGACCAGCCCCGGGUCCGCCGCCGCCCCGCUGCCGCCGCCCCCGCUGCCCCUGCAGCCCCCCUUCGGACCCGGCGAGGCCAGCCCGGGCCCCAGCGGGCCGGCAGAGCUCAAGCCGGUUCGGCGGUUCAUUCCGGACUCGUGGAAGAACUUCUUCAAAGGGAGACGCCACCCCGGCUCCAGCUGGGAUAGCACGGCCUCCGACAUCAGGUACAUCUCGGACGGGGUCGAGUGCUCGCCGCCUGCCUCUCCCGCCCCGCUGCAACCGGGAACCAGGACGGUGCCUGGCUCCUACACGGACCCAUUCGGGGGGUCGGGCGGCAGCUACAACUCUCGGAAGGAGGCCGAGGCCAUGCUGCCCUCCGGAGACCCCUCGGCCUCUCUGGAGCGCCGCGCCGGCACUGGGCAGACCUACAGCGAGCGGGUGGAGGAGUACCACCAGCGGUACGCCUACAUGAAGUCCUGGGCAGGGCUGCUCAGGAUCCUCGGCGUGGCCGAGCUGCUGCUUGGCGCCGCCGUCUUCGCCUGUGUCACCGCCUACGUACACAAGGACAACGAGUGGUACAACAUGUUCGGGUACUCGCAGCCCUACGGGUACGGGGCGGGCAGCGCCUACGGGGGAUACUCCUACAGCGGGCCCAAGACGCCUUUCAUCCUGGUGGUGGCGGGAAUGGCGUGGAUCGUCACCAUAGUGCUGCUCGUGCUGGGCAUGUCCAUGUACUACCGAACUAUCCUCCUCGAUUCCAACUGGUGGCCUCUGACCGAGUUUGGGAUCAAUGUGUCCUUGUUCAUCCUGUACAUGUCGGCUGCCAUAGUGUACGUAAACGAUACCAACCGAGGUGGGCUCUGCUAUUACCAGCUGUUUAAGACGCCGAUAAAUGCGGCUUUUUGCCGUGUGGAGGGCGGUCAGACUGCGGCAAUCAUCUUCUUGUUUGUCACGGUGAUCCUCUAUCUAAUCAGUGCGCUGGUUUCCCUAAAGUUGUGGAGGCACGAAGCGGCCAGGAGGCACAGGGAAUUAAUAGAACAGGAGAUGAAAACACAAUCCUCUUUUCCUGAAAAGAAGUAUGAAGGUGAUGACAGACCAAGGGAAGAAGUCAGUUACAGGCAGCUCAAAUCACUGGAAAGAAAACCAGAGCUACUUAAUGGUCAUAUACCUGCAGGCCACAUUCCUAAACCUAUAGUGAUGCCAGACUACUUAGCGAAAUACCCAGUAAUUCAAACAAAUGAAAUGAGAGACCGGUACAAAGCAGUAUUCAAUGAUCAGUUUGCUGAGUAUAAAGAACUGUCUGUGGAAGUUAAUGCUGUAUUAAAAAAGUUUGAUGAGCUGGAUGCAUUGCUGAAACACCUUCCACAUCAUCCUGAAACCAUAUAUGAACAGGAAAGGAUAUCAAAAGUUCUGCAAGAAUACAAGAAGAAGAAAAAUGAUCCUGCAUUUCUGGAGAAAAAGGAGCGUUGUGAAUAUCUGAAGAAUAAGCUUUCUCACAUAAAACAACGAAUACAGGACUAUGAUAAAAUUAUGAAUUGGAAUGUAGAAACUUAGUAAUGCCUUCAUUUCAUGGAUAUUAUUUUCUGGUUUUGAAAUUGAUAUGUGUAUUUUAAUCUAUUUAUUUACUCUUUGAGCAGUACACUUAUGGGGAUUACUUAAUCACAGUCGUAUGUUUGGAUGUUUUACAUUACUGAUAGGUUUUGUAUACAGAUCCAAUUGUAAUUGAAGUUAUGAGAUAAGUUAGGAAACUGCUGCUAACAUUCCGCUUUCAUUAGUGCAAAUCCUGGCCUCUUAAAUAUGAAUACUUUAUUUGAAAAUACUUCAUUUGCAAACUUGCAAAGCCUACCAGAGAAAGCAGUUCUCACAUACCUUGUGGAAACUUUGCACAGAAAUGCUGUUAACAAUUUCGGAUUUUAUUUAUAUGUGACAUCUUAAUGCUGUCAGAAAGAGCUGAGCUGUUCUUUCUGUGUGGGGUUUGAUGCACUGCCUGAUUGUGUUGAAUAUUUUGGGCAAUUCAGAAGCUAGUUUAAUAAGAAAUUUUGUAUUGUAUUUCCAAAUGCUGUCAAUUACACCAGAAAUCAUCUUGAAUUUUGCCUAACAAGAGAGGAAAAAUAGCUUCUUAUUUAACCAGCUAGGGGAGGGGGACUUGGGUUUGGUUUUUGUAAUGUACUCUUCAGAGAUGAUGCAACAAAUCUAUACUUGGCCUUAAAGGAACAGAGGUACCGGAUGAGGCAUAUUAAUGUCCCAUCAGUGUUGCUGUAGGUCAGUGUGCUCUGCCUACCUUCUGGAUCAUGCUGUUAGGGGUACGUGCGUUUAAGGGCUUCACUCUUCAUCAGUAAGUAACAGGACUUCUUGUCUAUACAGCAGCUGUUAAUGAACUUGGCAUUCAGAGAGUGAGUAGAGCAGAAUGAAUUCUCAUUCAAAGUAUAAAUUGUUAGUAUCCUCUUUAAGGCCAGAUGAAAUGUAUUAAAGAUGUACUUUCCAGAGCAUGCUUGCAUAAAUUCUAUAUAUAUUUUUAUAUUUUCUUGGGGAUAUUAUGCUGACAAUAGGUUUGUAUGUGCAAGUAUUUUCAUAAGCCAGUAAAUUUUCUCUUUGUAUCCUUUUUCAUAUCUUUAUGUACUUUACCUUUUUUACUUACUAUAAUUGUUAGAAGCAUUGAUAGCUUUUGUACAGUUUUCUACAACUGCAAUUUGUCUGUUCUAAAAUAUGUUUUUAAAUAUUAAAAAAACCCACCAGUGUAGCCAUAUUACUCUCUUGCUUAUAAAGACAUUUUAUUUGAAAAAGGUGCUCUGAUUACAAUUACUGCAAAUUUUUGUAAGUGAUUUGAUUUCUUCUUUGAAAGAAAGUUUUAACUUCUGCCUUAAUUUAAAGGAACAACAUCAGGAAAGCCAUUUCCAGUUUAGUGUGGUCAUGGUAGUACUACCUCUGCUCUUCACUGCUGGAAAUGUAUUAACAUACCUCACUCUGACCAUUGUAGCCCUGCUGGUUUUUCAACCCUUAUCAUUCACGCUGCAAUCCUGAUGGCCGUGCACCCAUCUUCAUACUUGUAAAAUUGACAUUCCAGUUUUGUCAGCCAUUUAAUUCCAGGAGCUUUAGUGGAUGAAGUAAAUAGCACAAGAUGCCAUGGGAACACUGACAGAAUUUGAAAAUUUGAGACCUCUUCAUUUCAAAGCUUUCAGUCUCAUCUACUGGAAGGUGCCUCAGUAUUUUCAUCAUUCUGAGAACAGGUGACAGCCAGUGCAAUGCCUUGUUCUCUCUCUCUCUCUCUCUUUUCAGUGCCUUUCUCUCUGGUUCUGGUUUGUAUUCAUAUCAAAGGAGAAACCUCUCUUCCUUAUAAAGGAGAUAGGCCAAUUUUUUAUACUUGUUGUGCUGAAUACUUGUUAAAUUGCUCUUUGUAAGAGAAGAACUUGUCCAAAUCUCCACAAUCUAAAUAAAUGACCUCUCACUGUACACCCAGGUUUCUCGUUUUUUUCUCAGUGAGAGUUCUGGGCAUUGCCUCCAUAACAGGAGAAGAUUAGCACAAGUUUGAAGAUCAUCUGGUGUUCAUAAAGUGCUAACAAUAACAUGACGUUUUCCUUGAAAGAUUCCCAGUCUGCAUACUUAAUAGGUCUUCUUUCUGUAGGAUAGAUCCAGCUCCAGGCUCCUUUUGACAACGGUCUGAGUUUUAGUCUUUGAGAAAAUGGCUCCUGGUCCCUCAGACAAUGUCUGCAUAGCCUGUGGAGAACUUAUCGUUCUGCUUCUUUUCCUACAAAGUUUCCAACAAAUGGAUUGGGAAAAGGGAACAGCAUACCUGUGCCUGGAAUAAGGAGAUUAAGUGGCAACAUCUGUAUGGUGGAUUCUUGUGUUUCCUGACAAGAUGCCACAGGUGUGGCCAAGUAGAUUUUCCAAAUAUUGGGAAGAGAAGCUGGGAGAGCAAUACUCCCUUCCGCCUGCAUUUUGGAUUUGAAACAGGAUUGAUGCAGGGCACAACAGGAGCAAGCUACCAUCCUAAGGUACACAGGCCAUCCUAAGGCUGCAGCAACAUGUUUCAACCAUUACAGUAAAUUACUUGCUCAGUCCUGUGUCUGUUACAGGCCUCAGGGCUGCUAAAGCACCUCUGGUGUGUACAAUCUGUGCACUGGUUUUGCUCUAACCUACCAAUGGACAAAUGAAAAGGGUCUUGUCUACAAUGCUACAGACAUGCUGGAGAAAAACUGUUAGUCUAAGAUUAGUCUAACAUGUUCAUCUCUCAGAGAAAGAAUUAAUGGCUGGAAGUUGAAGCAACAUGGAGCAAGGCAGAAAUUAGGAGGAAAGUGAUGGGAGAAUCCUUCAAUCUGAGUUACCAUAAGAACUAUCAAGGAAAGUGGCCUCUUGAUAUUCUUAAAGAACAGAAGGCAUACUCCAGACAAAACGGAAGUUUUAGAUGAUUAUCACCUCAAUCUCUCUGUGCAGUCCGUCUAGGCUCAGUUCUUAAUCUACAUUUUUGCAUGUAUGUGCAAAAAAUGUGCUGUGUGGUCUUACCUGUGUGACUGGGUUUUUGCAGAAGGUAGUUAACACAUAAAUUAAUCACCAAGGAAUACUGUCUUACAUCAGUGGGCUUGCUUUUAAUUACAGCCUGUCCUCAAACCUCGAGUGUAUACAACAAGAAGUUUUAUACUUCAGUCUUCCUCUUAGAAAAUGCUUACCUGGUUGCACAGAUCUACAAAUUGAGAUGCUCAAGAUUCUUAGUGUUUCUACAAAUAUCAUAGCUUCUAAACUGUAUUUGUGUUUCUUCUUGUCUUUGUAAGCAGUUGGGUAUCCUAGAUCAAAAUAAGUGUGGCAAGACUCACAUACUUUUUACUAAACUGUACAUUUUUUCAGGCCACAUAAAGUACUGAUGAACAAACAUACCCAAAAUUUUGUCUUGCACAAUAGCCUGACCAGCUUUCAUGCCGGCAUAGUGACUACAAAUGCUUAUGGCAAUGAAACACUUAAUUGCUUUGAAAUUGUAAAUGAAGGUGUCCAGUAUGUUAUUUAUUAAUUUCAAAAUCGUGGUGGGAUUUCAAGCACUUGUACAAUAAAGUUUUACAAAAUUACUGUAUACCCUGUGUUCCAGUCCAGCACUGAAAUUCUUGGUCUUGAGAAUAAAAAAUACUCCUGUUCUAAGAGAAGUCUCAUAUCUCACUUAUUUUAUUCAAAGUGCUAGCUUAUAAGACACUUCUUUUCAGUGUUUUAUAGACUGGACUUCUCCCUCCUAAAGAAAAAAUGGUGUAUGUUCUAAUUGGAGUUGUUCAAACAACAACUAUUUCAGUUCCAAGAAGCAAAUCCUGACUUUUCAAAGAAUUCUUCUUUUCCUGUCUUCAGACUGCUUCCCUUCAAAAAAUAUAAUUGCUUUUUCCCAGUCAUGGUUUAACUGAAAGCUAUUUCUCCUCUCUUUCUGUUAUAAUUAUCCACUGCUCCUGAUAAAUGCGGUAAGCUGAAGGGUACGGAAGUGGUUAGUUUUGCCCCAGUCUGUUUCAAGGAUUGUUACUACUGUUUACAUGUUUUCUUCCUCAUGCAUUGUGUUACUUGGAUGCAGAGUGAGACUCCUUAGAAACGGAUGUUCAGUAACUUUCCUGUAAUUCAAGAGCUGAAGCCCAGUCUUGGCAUACUUCCACUCUAUCCAGUAAAGUUUUAAUUGCUCUGCAGAGCAAUCAGCAAUUAGCUCAGCUAGCUCUGAACUAAUCCUCACUGUGGCGCUUAUGAAAUGGAAACUCUUGGCGACGUGACAUGACUACUCAGAAAUAUUUUAGGCUCCUGUGUUCUUCCAUGGAUUACUGAAAUGUCUUCGGUUAACUGCAGAAGUGCCACCCAGACCCAGGCAGAGCCAUGAGCCUGGCGGCUGCGCCCGGACGCACGAGCGAGGGGCUCCUCGCCCGCACGAGCCAUGU